AUGAAAUACGCACAAUAUGUUUUCCUGGCAUCGAUCUUCUCCACUGUUGAAUAUAGCCUAGCUCAGACCUGCGCAGUGGAGUCUUUCUCUGUGAAAGACAAUUUUGAUCCAAAAAGGUAUGCUGGGAAGUGGUAUGCCCUGGCCAAGAAGGAUCCAGAAGGCCUUUUCCUUCAAGACAAUAUCUCUGCUGAAUACACCGUUGAGGAGGAUGGCACAAUGACAGCGUCUUCCAAAGGCCGAGUGAAGCUUUUUGGGUUCUGGGUGAUCUGUGCCGACAUGGCUGCUCAGUACACAGUACCUGACCCAACCACUCCAGCAAAAAUGUACAUGACUUACCAGGGCCUGGCCAGCUACCUCUCCAGUGGUGGGGACAACUACUGGGUGAUUGACACCGACUAUGAUAACUAUGCCAUUACCUAUGCCUGCCGCAGCCUGAAAGAAGACGGGUCCUGCGAUGAUGGCUAUUCCCUGAUCUUCUCACGCAACCCUCGUGGCCUCCCCCCAGCCAUUCAGCGCAUUGUGCGCCAGAAGCAGGAAGAAAUCUGCAUGUCCGGCCAGUUCCAGCCUGUGCUUCAGUCAGGUACUUUGAGUUAA